AUGGAUGCAGUAGAAAAGAAAGGCAGCGAUGAUGACCAUCUUCAAAAGUUUACGAUUGCUGACGUUAUCGAACACAUUGGCUUUGGGCCUUUUCAAAUACGGAGUCUUUUCGUUAUAGGAUUCAUAUGGCCUAGACUCCCGAAAACUGCUAAAUUAAUAUUAACUAGUAUGAUUCGAUUCUCAAUGUUAUCCAUACUUGGGCCGCUGUUAGCCUGUGACUGGGGAAUUACAAAGUUGGAGGAAGCCUUAAUAAACGCUUUGUCAUUUGCCGGCGAUAUUUUGGGAUCUAUUUAUUUUGGAUGGUUUUGUGAUCGUUAUGGUCGAAAAUUGGGCGUUAUUUUCGGAAUCUUAAGUACUAGCUAUAUGUCAAUGAUCUCAGGCUUAUCAUCUGGGAUUGAAAUGAUGCUGUUAUUGCGAUUUGCGUGUGGAUUCACAGAGGGUGCCACCAUUCAGUGUGUGACAAUGGUAAUUGAAAUAGUUCCAGCCAAAGCUAGAGCUAAAACGAUAGCUUCUUUACGAACGCUUGUAGAAUCUCCACGCUAUUUGCUAUUACAUGGAUUCUACAAAGAAGCAAGUAAUAUCAUGAAAAAUGCCGCAAAGCUGAAUAAUAAACCCGCACCAGAAGGAAAGCUAGUUGCUUCAGUUGAAGUAUGA